AUGGUUCACCACCACCGUAAAAGAUCCUCAGACUCCAUCAAAGACGAAGAGUCACAUAUUCAUCUCAUGGACUGUUCAACCUCUGUAUACUACAAGAGGACAAAACCUAAGCUUCUCUCGUUUCUCUUCCUCAUCACCUUUCUCUCUUGUUGCUAUGUCUUCGCACCUUUCUUCCUUGGACCUUCUUUCUCUCUAUCUCUUUUAUACUCUAAUGGACCUGAAAAUGAUGCAAACCAAGACGGUGUUGAUGUAAAACCUUCUACAUGUUCUUCAGUUUCUACCGGAACUAUAUGUUGUGAUAGAACUGGUCAUCGUUCUGAUAUCUGUGUUAUGAAAGGUGAUAUAAGAACAGAAUCUUCUUCCUCUUCAAUCUUCGUCUACAAUUCAAUAAACAAAAAUAAUUUUUCAAGUGAAAAUGUUGAUCAAGUUCUUCAACAAGACAAGAUUAAGCCGUAUACUAGAAAAUGGGAGACAAGUGUGAUGGACACAAUUGAUGAAUUGAAUCUUGUUUCGAAGAAAGUGGAUUCGCGGAGAGUUCGAAAAUGUGAUGUACAACAUGAUGUUCCAGCGGUGUUCUUCUCUAAUGGAGGAUACACUGGGAACGUUUAUCACGAAUUCAACGAUGGAAUCAUACCUUUGUACAUCACUUCACAGCAUUUCAACAUGAAGGUUGUGUUUGUCAUACUUGAAUAUCAUGAUUGGUGGAUCAUGAAAUAUCGUGAUAUCCUUUCUCAUCUAUCGGAAUUUCCACCCAUUGAUUUUAGCAAAGAUAACCGGACUCAUUGUUUCAAUGAAGCAAUUGUUGGUCUCAAAAUCCACGAUGAGCUCGCGGUAGAUUCCUCGUUGAUGGAAGGUAACAAAAGCAUUGUUGAUUUCAGAAAGCUUUUGGAUAAAGCUUAUUUGCCUCGGAUUAAAGGACUAAUUCGCGAAGAGGGAAGGGAACUACAAGAGAAAUCCAAACAACAAAACACAAUAUCUCCUUUAUCCCGAUCAGAACCAGAAACCCCACAAGGAGUGGAAGAAAUUGCGCCGCCAAAACCGAAGCUAGUUAUUGUCUCUAGAAGUGGUUCAAGAGCUAUAACAAAUGAGAAUUUGCUAGUGAAAAUGGCUGAAGAAAUCGGAUUUCAUGUCGCGGUUUUAAAGCCUAAAAAAACUUCGGAGUUGGCAAAGAUUUAUAAGGUACUUAAUGAAAGUGAUGUGAUGAUUGGUGUUCAUGGAGCUGCAAUGACACAUUUUAUGUUCAUGAAACCUAAAUCUGUGUUCAUUCAAGUUGUUCCUCUUGGUACUAAUUGGGCUGCAGAUACUUACUAUGGUGAACCUGCAAGGAAACUUGGUUUGAAAUAUAUUGGAUAUGAAAUUCAUCCUAAAGAAAGCUCUUUGUAUGACAAGUAUGAUAAAAAUGAUCCUAUUUUGAGUGAUCCUGAUAGCAUUACCAACAAAGGGUGGGAAUAUACAAAGAAGAUUUAUCUUGAUAGCCAAAAUGUUAAAUUAGACCUUAGAAGAUUCAGAAAAAGGUUGCAUAGAGCUUAUGAGUACACAGUUUUGAGAUUGAAUUUGAAUCUUCAACACCAAUCACAGUGA